AUCAGCUGAGUCGGCGACUUACGUUUAUUUUUAAGUUUAUUUCAGCGGUGCUAAUAAAACCGAGCAUGGUUUUAAUCUGAUGGCACAACAAACGAAGCGCCAGCGGUUCCAAUCAGAAUCAGUCGUGUUUUGGAUGCUCGUAUAGCCGGACUGCCUCCAAUUUCCGUGGAUUGAAUUUUGCGCUCUGUUAAUUUAAGCUAAAAAUGCGAGCACUUGCCAAGCGUUCUAAUUACUCGACGAGCGAAAUGUGUUGAUUCUUCCAAAAACAAAUAUUGCCGAUGCACCGAAUUCCAAUUGGAAGAGAAACGUGAUCCCGGGUACACACACAUGCAUAUAACGGCACCUGCAUGCACACGAGUUUGCAUGUGUGAGUUAAAAACACAUGCUCUUUCUGCUUUUCUUUGCAUUUUUUGUGAAUGAACUGGAAAACGGGCGUAUUUAGCACCGAUAAAACGCAAUUAGUAUUGAUCUUUUCGGCGCGGGUCAACGUAAUUACGGCAAAAUGAAGGCCACCAUCGAUAAGGAGCUGCUGCCCAUGAAGGCGCACUACUUUCUAUUCAAUGCCGGUACCGCUCCCGUCGUCCCCUUUAUGCCGACUUUGGCCGGACAGCUGGGAUACUCCCCCGCGGUUGUGGGCACCAUGUACAUGAUUCUGCCCAUCAUCGGAAUGCUGGCGAAGCCUCUUUUCGGCUACAUUGCAGACCGGUACCACCGCCACAGAUCGCUUUUCCUUGGGGGCCAAGUGCUCACGGGCAUCGCCUUCUUCCUGAUCAUGUUCGUGCCGGGCAUGGAGAAGCCGCUUCCCAAGGUGGAGUUCCACUGCCAUGCGGGUGUCUCCAAUGUGAGAUUCUGCUCCGAGUACGGCGAGUGUGUCGAAAAGAAUCUGGAGCAGUACUACGGAAAUCGGUCGCUGGCGUGCCAUCUGAACUGCGAGGCGCAGCCUUUCAUGUGGGACAUUGUGUGCCAGGACUGGUUGCACAACAAGACGGACAACUGCGCCGCCAAUCGCACCAACUCCCACAUGGAUUUUGGAACCGGCAUCAACAUGCAGGACAUCGUGGACGACAAGCGCUGCAUGUUCUUCAUGGUGCCCCAUGACCGAGGCCAGAUUGCGGGCCAGAAUGUCACGUUCAAUUGUCCGGCGAGCAAGGAGUACUUCAAAGCCAAUUGCACCAUGGACUGCCAAGAGGACUACCUCAAGGAGCAGCUGGCGGAGAGUGCGGUGAUCAACACCAGCAGUGCCAUGUCCAUGCCGCAAUUCUGGUUGUUCUUCGGCCUGCUCAUCUUCAGCUGGAUCGGCAUGGCGGUGGUGGUCAGCAUCGGAGACGCCAUCUGCUUUGGCAUCCUGGGGGAUCGUCAUCACCUGUACGGCAAGCAGCGCCUGUGCGGCUCCCUUGGCUGGGGUGUGUUCGCCCUGUUGGCCGGCGUCCUUGUGGACCACAUGUCCGUGGGAGAGGUGGACAAGAACUACACGGCCGUUUUCUGGAUGGCUCUGAUUAUCAUGGGAUUCGAUGUGUUCGCCUCAUCCAAGCUGAGGCACACACAGACACAUUUGUCUUCCAACAUUUUGAAGGAUGUUGGUCAGAUGUUCCUCUCGCUGCGCUGCGUCAUUUUCUUUCUGUGGUGCGUGGCCAUUGGACUUGGAACUGCUCUGAUCUGGAACUUCCUGUUCAUCUAUCUAGAGCAGCUAGACAAGGCGUUCGAGGGAUGCGACAGCUCGAUUAAGACUUUGGAGGGAUUAGUCAUGGGGAUCCAGUGCUUCGGCGGCGAGCUUCCCUUCUUCUUUCUAUCCGGUUGGAUCCUCAAGAAGAUUGGGCAUAUAAACGCCAUGAGUAUGGUGCUUUUCGGUUUUGGAGUGAGAUUUAUUCUGUACUCGAUGCUGCAGAACCCCUGGUACAUCCUGCCCAUCGAACUGAUGAAUGGGGUGACCUUCGGGCUGUUUUAUGCCACAAUGGCCUCCUAUGCGAGCAUUGUGGCACCGCCUGGAACUGAGGCUACCAUGCAGAGUUUGGUUGGAGCGAUUUUCGAGGGUGUUGGUGUGUCCAUGGGCAGCCUGAUUGGAGGACUGCUCUUUGAGUCUGUCACCGCACGCACCACCUUUGAGAUCUUUGGAAUAGGCGCCUUCAUUAUCUUCGUGAUUCACGUGUCCAUUCAACUAUACCUGCAGCGCAGCACCAACAUUGACGAAAAUGGUAAGGGUAGGGUCACUUCCGCCUCCGCCACAGCCUCAGCCACUGCAUCCUUGGAGACAGCCAAGCCUAAAAAUACUGACGAUAAAGAUAGAGACGGGUUCCGUGAAGUCGACUUGAGUUGAUCCUCCCUUCACAAUUUUUUUAAACUCUUUUUGUAUGGAAGCAUUUUCAAUAACUUUAGAAAAAGGCUAGUUUCAUGAAUUUAAAAUAGUAUUAACAUACUAAAGUACAGUGUAGAUAGAUACAACCCCUGUAUGGCAAUGGUGCUUAAAAUGCCAUAAACCAUAAAAUCGAUAUAUAUACCACUUCUCACGUCUGCCAUAGUUUUUAUUAUAGACUGUUUGACGAUUGACUACAGAUAGCAGACAUAAAUGGCUCAAAGUGAAUUUAAUAUACUACCCCCUGAUUAAGUAAACUUUAAUAAGUUUUUGAAUACAUAUCAGAGACGAUGAUAAUCUUAGCCAUAUUAUUUCUUUUUUAUUUAAUUUAAAUGUACAUAAGUGAACUGAAUUAAAAAAAA